AGAGAAAGGCCAGAGCCUAAAGCCUCUGGGGAUCUCAGGCCAGAAACUGUCCUCAGAACACCCACUGCCCUCCCUUGCUCAGCAAGACCCCUAGGCCACCGCUUCCCAGCUGACCCUUAGUGGCCAGGAGUGAUGGUCAGAUGGGGAUAACCUUCAUUCAGCACCUAGAGUGGAGAGAAUCAAGCCAGCUCUGCUAGGGGAGACACUGCAAAAUACCUGAUCCUGCCAGGAUGGAGGGACACCAGGAUGUUACCCACUGGGGAUGUGAAGGUCACUAGGAAAGUAACUGGAAUCUGCUGGAGCCCUUGUGCCCCCCUCUCAGGCAGGGGCUGCCAAGUUUGGGCCUGUCUUUUGCUUCUCUCCUUAUUUGGAUCUCCAGGUGAUAAGGCUGAGACAUAAAAGAGGCUGGGCCCUGUGACAACUGUGACAGCAGCCAGGCCACUGUGUUCAGAGAAUGGCCAGCAGGAAGGCGGGGACCCGAGGCAAAGCCGCAGCCACCAAGCAAAUCCAACGUGGCUCUUCCAACGUCUUUUCCAUGUUCGAACAAGCCCAGAUCCAGGAGUUUAAGGAAGCCUUCAGCUGCAUCGACCAGAAUCGUGAUGGAAUCAUUUGCAAGUCGGACCUGAGGGAGACCUACUCCCAGCUCGGAAAGGUUUGUGUCCCAGAGGAGGAGCUGGACGCCAUGCUGCAGGAGGGGAAGGGCCCCAUCAACUUCACCGUCUUCCUCUCGCUCUUUGGGGAGAAGCUCAACGGGACAGACCCUGAGGAAGCCAUCCUGAGUGCCUUCCGCAUGUUUGACCCCAGUGGCAAAGGGGUGGUGAACAAGGAUGAGUUCAAGCAGCUUCUCCUGACCCAGGCAGACAAAUUCUCCCCUGCUGAGCUCUGUGGGCUGCCCUGGGAGGCUGGGGCUGCCUCUCACCAGUGCCCCCGCAGGUGGAGCAGAUGUUUGCACUGACACCCAUGGACCUUGAGGGGAACAUCGACUACAAAUCCCUUUGCUACAUCAUCACCCACGGAGACGAGAAAGAGGAGUGAGGGCAGGCCUGUGGGUGCUUCAAUAAACUCUGCUGCUGAAUU